AUGCGUGUGAGCCGUCGCAAGAAGAAGUUCCAGAAACCAGGCUCCAUGGAUCUUUGCAUCACCAUUAAAGGAGUCUCGUUCCUCCUGCAGACGGGGCUGGGGAUUCUGGGUAAUGUGUCUGUGCUGAUCGCAUACGCUCAUAUCACUUCUGCAGAGUCGCGACUGCAGCCCGUAGACAGAAUCCUGGCUCAUCUGGCUUUCAGCAACUUGCUGCUACUGCUGACACGUGGCGUUCCACAGACGAUGGUCAUCUUUGGCCUACGCAGCCUGCUGGAUGAUCCAGGAUGUAAAGUGGUGAUCUACACCUACCGCAUCCACCGUGCACUCUCUGUUUGCCUUACGUGCAUGCUUAGUGUCUUCCAAGCACUCACCAUUGCACCAUCAGCUGGGUCAAACCUGACCAAACUGAAAUCUCGACUCACACAACUGGUGGUGCCCACCUUCAUAGGUCUGUGGUUCCUCAACAUGAUUGUAUGCAUCGCUGCCCCAAUUUUAUCCAUAGCACCUCGGAAUGGGACUGUGCCUCCCUUCACACUUAACCUCGGCUUCUGUCACGUCAACUUCCAUGACAACCUGUCAUAUGUUGUGAAUGGUGCAGCUCUCUCGACACGAGACUUUGCCUUCGUGGCCGUCAUGCUGGCCUCCAGCGGCUACAUCCUCAUCCUCCUGCACAAACAUAGCAGGCAGGUCAGGUCCAUCCGACGCGCUCAGCAAGGAACCUCCAUGGAAAUGCGGGCAGCUAAGACUGUUGUCAUGCUGGUCGUACUUUACACUGUGUUCUUCGGCAUCGAUAACGUGAUAUGGAUUUACAUGCUGACCGUGGCCCAGGUCCCGGCUGUGGUGGCGGACAUGAGAGUAUUUUUCUCAUCGUGCUAUGCCACACUAAGUCCUUUCCUUAUGAUAAGCACCAAUAAGAAGAUAAAGGAGAGGAUGGUGUGUGCAGCUGGGGAACAGUCAUCUGAGGACUCCACAGAGAAACCAAACACUAAAUGA